UGAGGCCGCCUGCUCCUCUGGAUUCGCGUCAGGCGGAUCGGCGCUCGGCUGGCCGCGCCUGUUGCCCUCUUCCGCUGUCGCGUUGGCGCCGCGGGGCUUCGGGGGGGUCUGGGGGCGCCAUGACCAACGUUUACUCUCUGGACGGGCUCCUGGUGUUCGGGCUGCUGCUGGUUUGCACUUGUGCAUAUCUGCGGAAGGUGCCCCGACUGCGCACCUGGCUCCUGUCUGAGCGCAGGGGGAUCUGGGGAGUCUGCCACAAGGCUGCUGUGAUUGGUACCCGCCUGCACGUGGCUGUGUCUGUGUCCUGUCUUCUCAUGGCGUUCUACAUCCUUGUGGGAAAGUGAUUAGAUGGGGACCUGCUGGUGACCUGAGAGACACCCUGGGACUGACUAGAAAUCCUGUGACUGAUUCCGAAGACCCCUGUAUGGACUAGAGAUCCCACUGCUGACCCUGGAGACCUCAGUAAUGACCCUGAACCACCCCAACAUCCACCUGGAUCCCGCAUGUGGCAAGCCAGGGACCAUUGUGGCCCAUCACUCCCCUUGAGCCCACCGAGGGCAACUGUUGGGGCCAACAGGGCAUCUUUAGACUGCUGGAAAAGGAUUUCCCAUGAAUUCUGUAGAGACAUGGGUGAAGGGACCCCCAGGACUGAGGGAUCCAACUUUGCCCUGUUAGCCUCUUCUCUUGAUGCUGAGCAGGGUCCUGGUGGGACCAUGGCAGGCUGUGGGGCCCAGGCAGGCUCCUCCUGCGUCUAUGGGAUUUUCCUAUGCCCCUCCAGUGUGGGGGACCCUCAGGGGGUUCUGCUUCUGCAGUAGGGGGUUAGUGACCCCCCGAAUUGUAAAUAUUGGACCACCACAUGCAAAUAAAGUGGGGAUUCCUCUUGGCA